AUGAGUAAUGACAUGACUGCCCCCCUUUAUCAUGAUAAGACACAUUGCCAGCUAUGCGGCGUCAUCUUCAAUAUCAAUCGGAUAAGGACCCGCGAUGAGCCGCGGAGCUCUGCCUGGGGCAAUACUUUUACUAGCAGGCACAAAGGCUGGGACUGGGUCGCUGUAUCUGCCUUUGACCAGGAGGACUGUCCUGACGGGGGCUGUUGUUCUGUUUACCGCGGAAGGCCGGGCUGGGAACGGAGGAUUCACCCGCGCUUAUAUGAAGAUGACGCGGGUGAUGCUACAUAUGCAUAUGAGAGUGGCGACGACGACGAGCCCUUGGAGUAUGACUCAGAUGCAGAAGAUGAAGAUGAUGGCAAGGCCGAAGAGAUGACCAAAGAGGAGGUUGAGGCAAGCUCUUCUCAGGAUCAAGAGUCCGAUACGGAGGAUGGCAAGUUGAUUUUCGACACCAAAGGACUCGAUGUGCAAGAAUACGACACCCAAUUCCUGUCCUUGUCAGCGCCCUACGACGAAGACGGCGCAGUCAAGGACGAGGACAUGGAGAGCGACAGACACAUCAUGGCCCUCCCCGCGGCUCGCAAGUACGAGCACAUUGCCGGCCCGGGCUGUCUCAACACCCGGGGCUUCCACGGCGACAUGAUAAGCGUGGAGGAGAUGAUGGACUGCCAGACCGUGCAGGGCAUCUUUCGGAAGCCCGAAGACUGGACGCCGCGGGACGACGACAUGGAUUUUGAGAGGACGUCGAUGUGCUAUGCGCUGACGGGGCUGUCGGACUUCAUGCCUGCGUCGGGGGCGGGACUGAGAUGUGCGCCACAUCGGGGGGAGGCGGAUCAAUGUGAUGCGACGAAUGACAGUGAUGUUUGGUGCAUGUCGUCUCAGUGGACGAGUCGUAUACUUCCCUUCCACCCUACGUGCUUUGAGCUCUUCAUCCGGAUCAGCAAACUGCGUAUGGGCCAAGUCCGUCUCGACCCGCUGGUUCGUCUCGAAAGCAAUUCUCGGAACGAUGUAUUUGGCGAGCGACAUGCUGACGUUCGGGAUGCAAAGAGCGACGGCUGGCAUUGGAGCUGCAUGCCUGGCUCGGAGUAUCUCGUUGCGAAUCCCGUAUUUGUGCCUGGCUUGAAGGCCAUCUUUGAGGCUUCCAUGUCGAACGGGGAGGGCUUCAAUGUUCGGCAUAGUCCGUUUCAGGAUGUGUCAGAAAACGGAGAUGUCGGUCAUGAAGCACAGGAUCCGUUUUUGAUGUUGCCGGCGGAACUGAGGCAGGCCGUUGUGUGGAAUCUUGACUCCAAGGAGAUUGCUAGUUUGCGAUUGGCAUCUCGGGCUUUCUACCAUCUCCCUAUAUCGUUAUGGCAUCGGCUGAUGGUGCGGGAGAUGCCGUGGAUAUACGAAGCUUGGUGCGAGGACCCUACUCCGUACCACUGGGCCAUGGCAAACGCAUCGGAUCUAAAACAAAUACGAGAGCAAAGAGAAGCAUAUACUAUCGAACGACGUCGCAGGGGGGAGAUUCUUCAGGAUCACGACGUUGAGCUUUAUGCAGCCUGGGAAGCCAACGAGCCCAAGAGUCCUCCUUGGUUCGACACGCCCGCGUUUCAGGCCCAGCUGCAGCAAUCUACGGAUAUUAAGAGAGCCAUGGCGCCCGUUAAGCUCCCUCGAGAGAGGACAAACUGGUACCGUCUUUAUACGGAUAUCAAGGCGAAUGAGAGGACGGUCAAGGGGCUGCGCAACAGGAAGAGGAUAUGGAUGAAUGUGGAGCAUAUUGUGGCGGAAGUUGAAAAGGAGUGGGAGAAGGAGGUGCGGGAGAGGCAUGGGGCUUUUACGACUUUGAUGGGGGAGACGCUUGAGUCUUUGCAUCUUUGAUGUUGGGCUCUCUUGACUACAGCUUUGAAUGUCACUUUGAUUAGUUGUUGCAUGUGAGUUUAUGUACGACGUGGAACUUUUCAAUCGAUCUUUAUGCACAGUCUUCACAAUCCGAUUAAGAGUAUUAUUCA